CCGGCCGCAGAUAAGCAAAGCCAUGACCGCAGCGCCUCGGGGUCCAGAUCUCAGUUUCUUAAACGAGGAGGAAGCGAAGGCGAUUUUUCAGGUGCUGCAAAGGGACUCGGAGCUCCGGCGGGCUGAGAAGAACAGAAUCAGCAAACUUCUGAAGACAAAGAACUCCAAAACAGGGCUGCAGGGAGUAACUGGAGAAUGGUUUGAAGAAAUACAAAGAAAAAAAUUUCAGAAUUACGUUGAUGUCAAUAAAAUGCUAAAACCACCAUUAGAACAUCAGAUAAAGAAGAGCAAGAACACCAUUAGUCAUUAUAAACCAGCAUAUCACAUAGUCUGUCCAAAAAUGUCAAUAAAAAUAAAUUUUCUUGGCAAAAAAGAUCAUAAAGAAUUAAAAAUGUCAUCCCGUGCAAAUCCUCAAGCACAAAAGAACACUACAACUUCCUUUCUGGGGUUCAGAUCACCUUUUGCUUGGCUUUCCUACUUCAGAAAAUCAAGGAAAAACCAGACUCAGAAGCAACCACGGUAUGACAGUUCUGCAGACCCAAGUUCAAAAGUGGAAGAAAUGGCAACGGCUGAAGUGUCGAAUUCCCCAUUGUCAGCUGAACCAAGUGGUCAUUCUUUUGAUGCAAACCAAAAUGAAAUGAUGGAGAAAAUUACACAGGAAUGGAAUGAACAGCUAGAGAAGGAGUUUUUCAGUGUUCUAAAUGAUCUGGAUGACCAGCUGGCCCAGGAACAAGCCCGAGAGCCAUGGGACAGGACAGUUUCUACCAGCAGUGUAUCAAAUGCACGAUACAGUAGUGCAUUCUCUACUUCAACAAGGCAGACUGCUGGUAGGGGGCAACACAGAAAUGACUGGAGUGAGAUGCCUGGCACAUUUUUCCCAGAUGGACUGAGAACAAUGAGGGCCAAAGAUGAACACAAGAUUUUCAUCAGACCAAGGAAAUUACGCAGUGCAUACAUAAACUGGCACCAGGCAGCCUUUCAAGAAGGUUACAGGUAUGGUGAACCUGCUGAUGGAAGCCCUCACCUGCAGGGCAGGCAGCUGUCUUCUGCUUCUUUCGGGCGGUCCUCAGAAGGUAGCUUGUACCCUCCUUCUGUAACACAGAACAGUGGGUUUAGACACAAGAGUUGUAUGAACAGGGAUACAGCAGGCAGAAGCUACUCGGUAUGUUCCCUUCGGAGGUGUCCAUCAUCAGUAUCUUCUGACCAGCUAUCAGCAUCCAGUUUACAAAAUCCAUUGGCAAGGGAGAGCAACAAUGGUUUUGUACCAAGGUUUGGUCGACAGAACCCAAAAAGAAUUCCCCUGUCUUCUAUUGUAUGGAACAACACACCAGAUUCACCUGGACAAACAUCAGCUCCAGAAAAAGUGUUUAGAACCCAAUCACUGAUGGAAUUUCAUGCUACAGACCAUGGCAAAUAUCCUAACUCUUUGCAAGAAACCAAGAAAUAUGCAUAUUACCACCCAAAACACCACUACAGAAGAUCUAUUUCAAGCAGUAAUUGCUUUAGUAGAGUUAGUUGCCCUGACGAAGCUACUUCUCCAUUGGCCUUUGAUAACUGGGAAAAUUACCCAUUAUACAAAUCAGAAAAUAAUCUCUCUAGAUCCUACUUCAGAGAUAGUUCUUCUCAUGGCAAAUUCUAUACAAAUCAAAAGAAUUCUUCUUAUGGAAGAAAAGACAGGUAUCCUUCUUGGGCUGAUCCUCCUCAGUACUACGGUGAUGAAGCAUUUAUUUCCUCUGAUGCCAGCUCCGACAUGAUGAUGUCUAGUUUGAAUGACCAGCAGUGGCCACAUACUAAGAAUGCCAAGUUUGGUUCACAGUGCCUGCAGAAUGAUUUUCACAUAUAUUCUCCAGAAAAUAUGAAUGUCAAAAAGAUAACAAGAAGUGCAAGCAGAACUUUUUCAGAAUUCACUGAAGGCUGUCAGCCUUCGCUAAGUUGUAACUCUUCAAUUUCUUCAUCUAGUUCCAGAACUGAUGAGUCAGUCUUUCCUCGUAUGAAGGACCUAACAAAGCCUAUAGGACUGAACAGGAACUCAGUUGCUGUUACUCAAAGAAGUAGUAGGGCAGGCUUUUCACAACUGGAAAAGGUUAAAGGUGUGAAACUGCCAGAUGAAGACCUGCCACCGUUACAGUCCAUUUCUCAACAUUCAGAUAAAACCUACGUUAACACCCAGAGUUUUCCCUCUAGCAGCCCUGCUUCUGCCAUGUUGCAAAGCGUUGCACUUCUCUUUAACACGAUGAGAUCAAAGAGACAACCCCAAGUCACUGGCAGAGGAGAUAUUGCAAAAACAUAUACAUCAAACAGUGAUGAAAGAAAUGUACAAAUGAAGGAAAAUUAUUGCCCACCCAAUAGUGUGUUCUGUUACCCUCCCUGUGUUUUGCCUGCUGAUGAGAGCAGGAAGGAACUUUUUCUCCCAUGUCAGAAAGAAUGGGAGCAUAAUCUGCAUUAUGCAGCAAAAAGAGAGAUCAUCAAACAAGAUAAUUACAGUGCAGAAGCCAUUAACCAAGCUGCCCCAAAGAGACUGUCCUCACUGCUGAAUGUUGCUUCUGCUCCAUCCACUGAAAAAUUAGAAAACUGUCAAGGCAUAUUGUCCUGUCCUCAGUGUUCAUCUAGCUCCUCACAAACCUCUCCACAAGCACUUUCUCAUAAAGACAAUUCUAAAUGUUUAGGAACACUAACUAGCUCUUCAGUAAAUUGCACAGUUACUGAAUCUCGAGCAGAAGGUGGAAAAACAGCUCAAAUGAGCAAAAUAGGUGUUGCCAAAAAGAUUUCACAGAAUGCCCUGCAAAAUGCAAGCACUUUACUUACUAAGGACUGUAAUGGACAAUUCCCUACUAGUUCUCCACAAGAUGGAAAUUCUGGAAGUAUUUGUAUGCGUAGCUUUGGUGAAGACUCCAAGACCUCGGAACACAGUGUAAGUUAUUUUUGCCUUGAAAAAGAAAGUGGUAAAAUAAGAAGUGAUUCAUCUUGUACUGGAAGGCUUCAUAAGCAAGACAGGUUGCUGAGACAUAGCAGUAGCUGCAGCAUUACUGGCUCCCUGAGCAGAAACAGCCUCAAAUCUCCUGACCCACUUGUUAUUUAUUACACUUUGCCUAGGAAAUCAGCGAGUAUUGCUGGUACCAUCAUGGCAGACACUCCCAUCUCCUUACCAAGAGAAAACAGGGAAAGAUACAACUGUUUAAGGUCUGAAAAUUCACGUAGAGCUGAUGCUUUUUGUUCUUAUCAGAGAUAUUUGUCUUGUUUAGACUCAAAAAAUUCUUUUUUAAGAUCACCAUCAUUAAAUACUGCUGCAAGUUAUAAAGAUUACUCCAGUCCUUUAAUGAAAAGUCGCAGUGAUUCAGAAAGCAGCAGUGCAUCAGCUGAACUGACAGACAAUUGUAAACACCUACGCAGAGGACAAUCCUCUGUGUUUUCAGAUUGUAAUCAAAGGGGAAAUUUUUUGCAGAAAUAUAAAACUACAAGCACCUUUACAGUUUGUGUUGAUGAAGAUCACAUCAAGUAUCAUGAACUAGUUUCAAUUUAUUACACGUUACCACGAAGACAUUCAAAAACAUUUUGUAAACUCUUCAGAGAAAAUCAAGAGGAUGCAGAUUUACCCUGUCCCAAAGAAAAUGCUCCAUCAUCAAGAGUACAAAGCAAGAGAAAUGAAGGUCAUGUGAGUUCAGCAAAUGCUUUUUUCCCCAGUACUUUGGAAAGAGAGGUGCUUUCAUAUUCUUCUGACCAAACAGCUUCAGCUGUGGUCACACCUCUGAACUUAGGAACUGCUGAUGAUAGUGAAGAUGAAAAUUCUCACUUACCUCCUAGCUCUGAGAAAAGAUGUACUUCAAAGUCAAUUAAUAUGGCACAUAACAGGCAAAAUAGUUCAGCAGAUCUUUCGUUAGCAGAAAAUGUGUUUUCUGACGUGGUGACAGAAAAGAUUUCUUUUGGUGGUCUGCGAUCCACUGCAAUAGUGGCUAAGUCAGGUAAGGCUAUUUCUGAUGCUUCAAGCAGUCAAAAUACAGAAAUACAUACAAAAGAAAAGAAGGAAGCCACACUGCUUAUGCCCACUUUAGUAACCCCUCCCAAGCCAGGCAGAUGUUUAGAGAAUCCUUUGUCAACAAAUAAAAAUAGUAUACAGAAGGGAAGCUCUGAAAAUGGCUGUCAUCUCCCCAAAGGGAACAUCAAUAAUAAUAGUUUAUUUCUCCACCCAGGAGAGAAAAGUUCCCUUGGAAGGAGCAGUAACACAGAGCAUGGUGACGUGUCACUUCCUCCUGCAGAAGACAAGUACAGGGAUGGUAGUGAAGUCAAACAGAGGGUAAAUUUCCUACACCAGACCACACCUCUGUAUAAUAAUAAAUGUAGUGGACUGCAAUUAAGGGCUGACAGUUCAAGAAAAAAUACAAAUUAUUUAAACUCUUGUAGCAAAGUGUUUUCAGAGUCUCAGAACAAGGCAUCUGAAGCAAGCCUUCAGAUUGGGUCAAGCAGUGCUGACCCAUUACUUCAGGUAGAUGAAAUGGUUAACACAGGAACAGAUGAAUUAAAGAAUUCAAAAAUUAAUAAAGAGCAAAGCUCACAGAAUAAUCAGAUGGGUAAGGAUUAUAGGGGUUUGCAGGAAUCAGAGAGGCAGAAUGAAUGCAGCCUGAACAUUAACUGUAAACUCCUCAGGGCUACACAAGGUCAAAAGAUAGCACAGAGUGCAGAAGAUGAGAACAAGCCUCUCUCUGCCUGCACAAGAGACAAAAUCAAAGAUAUAGAAAAAAGGAAAAAUAGACCUUCGAUUAAAAAUAAACUGGCAGCUGUUUAUAAAACAAGCCGAAAAUUUUCAAGUAAAAAUUUACCUCCUAAACCACACAUAAGUAACAUUUUUUCACAGAACAAUGGAAGUACCACUUCUUUAGUGCCCCUUGACUCAAUGAUUUCAACAAAUUCUCAUCAGCCAUUGCUGCAGCUGGACAAUGAAAAUCAGAAUCACAGUCUGGACCCUGAUAAAAAUACACCAGGACAAAGAGCAGCUGAGAAUAACACUGAAGAUCAGAACAAUCCUUCUUUGCUUGUUAAUAACACCAACUGGAGGUCUUCUGCAAUCUCAUACUCUCAGAAGGAAGCCAUAAGUCCCAAAAAAACUGCAGUGAAAGUAGAAAAUAGGCCAACUCUUACCACCCUAUUUCCAGAAAAAGCAGUAACCACAAGUAAUAAGAAUUCCCAAACACUUGAUCUCAGGUUAGAAAGCAAAAUCCAGCCCGUAUCUUCCAGUGCUACUACAUCAGAACCACAGAAUGGUGAGAAAAGACGGGCUAUAAGUUGUGCCUACAGUCCUCCCUUGCCAAUUUUAACUGACAGAAACUCAAACACCUAUGUAAAUAUCUGCUUGGAGGCAGGACUGUGUCCAGAGCAAAACUUGAUUUCCCAGGCAGUGCUUGGUCAGUUUCAAAAUACCUCCCAGUCUGCCAGCUUAAAUAAUGUUAACUUGCAGAGCUCUCAGUUGCACAAGAGCCGUGCAAGAAGUCAGCGUGAGCGUCACCUUUCUGAGACUGUUUGUGCUCAGGAUUCACAUGAGACCUUUGCCUCGGGAAGCAAUAUCCUACCCAAAGAUGGUUUACGUGGGAAGAGAUUUAAAUCUUACUCAGAGCUGUUGUCUUGUGAUGAAAAUGAAAACUGGGCAUCAGACAAUGAAAAAUGUUACAGCACUAGAAAUGUGAUGUAUCCUUCUGUUGAGUUUGGUAUAUUUGGCAAAGAGCAACAGUUGGCUUUCCUAGAAAAUAUCAAGAGGUCACUCACAGAAGGGCGAUUAUGGAGACCUUGUCUUCUGAAUAAUCCUGGUGCUCUCAGAGAUGGAGAGGCUCCUUCCAUAAACAGAGCUGAGCUUUUGAGCUCAGGUUCUGCUGGGAGCAAAAUGUCAUCUACUGCUUCAUCUCCCAGAGAGCCAACUGAUAUCUAUCAGGAUGACCCAGCAGCUUAUUCAGAUUCAGACAGUGAUACCACCACUGAUGAUGAAUACUACCUAGAUGAGGUAGAUAAAGAAUCAGAGCUUUGA